AAAUAUUGGUUUUUUUUUUUUUUUUUGCAUAGGGCCUCAAAAAUUGUUGAGACGGCCCUGGUCGUCAUGAGCGGAGCUCCGUGAUCCUCAUCCUGCAUCUGUCAAUCGCCUGCUCCUCUGUCAGACUGAGAGAGGGAGAGCUGAGCGGCCGUUCCUUUGGAACAGGUUCCCCGCGGAUCUUGAGCAGGUUGAACGCAACGGCAGGAUCGCCGAUGAAAUGCGCUUGGCGAGGGCUGUGAAAACCUUUCACACGGUUCCGACUCCAACGUUUGAGUUGGAGUUGGAAGCAGAGUCGGAGCCACUAGAUGAUAAGAAUCCUCCUCACUAGAGUUCCACUUUUUUUUUUCCUUUCUUUUUUUAAUUUUUUAAUUUUUUAAUUUUUUUUUCAAAACACUGUUGGGAGGCUCAGUAUCAUUGUUGUUUUUUCGUUUUUUUCAUCCAAUAUCAUGUAAGCAAAAGGAAAUGAAUGAAUAUUUGAUUUUAGUUUCAAUCCUGUUAGGUGUUGAGAUGAUUUCUUGGGGAUGAUCUUGUUUAUAUUUUACUACUUCGUUGUUGAUUGUUUUGUGUAUUAGUAUUAGGGUUUUUGCUAAGCGAUCUAGCAACAAAGAUACAGGAAAAUAUAUUAAAGAUAGACUGUCCAUGAAAUUAUUGCUAUUAUGUUCAUUGAUAUACACUUUUAGAGCUGUACAGGAUUUUAUACAAUCUAAUCCUUUAUAUAAUAAACGGAGUAAAACUCCCUCGUUAUCCAAGGCCAAUUAGCUAGGGGAAACAAAUGGAUGAAAAAUUUCCAAUCUCUGAUGCAGAAGAGCUACAGGCCUCUGCAAUGGCUUGUUCAACCAACCAUGAGUACUACUGGAUCCCUCAAGAGAAAUAAAACAACCGUGAGUAAUACUAAAUCACCCAAAAGAAAAAAAGCUGAGAAGGAAACUGUUCAAUCCUCAUGUCAGUACUUGUGUCUAAUCUGCAUGGAUGUAAUUCUUUAGUAGAAAACAUUGACAUUGUUUUACUGAUCUGGAAUGUAAAUUUCUCUUUGCCCUUAGCUGUUGAUGUUUUCGUGCAUCGUGACGAGCAGAUUUUGCCAGAUACAGAGGAUGGUGUAGCUUAUGAAAACCAAGAUGAAGACCCUGUGGCAAUGGUUGAGGAAUCACCUGCAAGUGCUGGAAUCACUUUGAAUCUUCUUGAAAGUAAUAUAGGUGAGGAAGCUGCUCAUAGUAAGGAUUCAUCCUGAAGCAUGGACGGUUCAACAGUUUUAAAAGUUAAAACCAUGCAUAUCAGCUCACCAAUUUUGGCAGCAAAAAGUCCAUUUUUUUAUAAGGAGAUCACAAAUGGCUGGUGAAGAAGCAGACUACACUCUUGUGAUUGGUGCUACCAAUAGGCCUGAGGUUCUUGAUCCUGCACUGAGGAGGGCCGGGAGAUUCGAAACUGAGAUUCUUUUAGGCGUGCCGGAUGAAAAUGCUAGGGCCGAUAUUCUUUCCCGGAAGCUACCAUCUCUAGUCUCAUUUGAUGUUAAAAGGAUAGCAAGGUCUACUCCUGGAUUUGUACCUGCUGAUUUGAAUGCCUUGAUCACUCGGGCUAAUUCCAUUGCCUUGGAGAGAACUGUAAACAUCAGAAAGCCUAAUCAACAUGGGAGGAAGCAUAGGUGGUGGAUGGAACCUUGGUUGGAUGAAGCAAUUGGCAAGCUUACUAUUACCAUGGAUGAUAUUGAGAAAGCAUUGAAAAAGGUUCAACCUUCUUCUAAAAGAGAAGGCUUCUCAACUAUCCCUGAUGUAAAAUGGGAAGAUGUUGGUGGAUUGAAUGAUACAAGGGAGACAUUUAAACGAUUUAUUGUUAACUCAAUUAAAUAUCCUGAGAUAAAUAAGAUAUUUGGAGGAGACAUAGAAACACGGUUUUUACUAUUUGGACCUCCGGGAUGUGGUAAAACAUUAAUAGCCAAAGCUGUUGCUAAUGAAGCUGGAGCCAAUUUCAUUUAUGUCAAGCGGGCAAUCCGGACCUUAUUUAAUCGUGCAAGAACAUGUUCACCAUGUACAAUUUUUUUUGAUGAGAUAGAUAGCUUAGCAGCAAAGAGGAACAACAGCACGGGGGAACGGUCAUCUCAGCGAAUGGUGACACAGUUACUUACAGAGUUAGAUGGCAGAGAUCAAAGGCAUGGUGUAUUUGUAAUUGGUGCUACAAAUAAGUAAAUAAGAACUAUCCCUUCGUAUUUUAGCAAUUUUCUUUAAUUAAUUAGAUGUUAGAAAUUAA